AUGCCAGGCGUUAUAACUGACCAAUCAUUCGAUAUCGCCAUCGUCGGCGGAGGCAUCAUCGGCCUCGUGGUCGCCAUGGGCCUCAUGAAACGAAACAUCAACGUCAAGAUCUACGAACAAUCACGAAGUUUCCGCGAGAUCGGAGCAGGUGUGGCCUUUACUGCCAAUGCCAUCCGAUGUAUGGGGAUGUUAAAUCCCGAUAUCGUCACGGCUUUGAGGAAGGUCACUACCGCUAAUGGUGAUCCCAAGAACCCAAACGACUAUCUUCAGUAUGUUGAUGGAUAUAGCCACGAUCCCAAUGACCCCGAUAAUAUGGAAGAAGAGGUCUUGUUCAAGUUGUAUGCUGGAUACAAGGGCUUUGAAGGCUGUCACCGGGCUCAUCUGCUGGAUGAACUCGUGAAGUUCAUUCCCGAGGGAACGGUUGAGUUUCGCAAGCGUUUGGACACUUAUGUCGAUCGCGGAGAAGAUCAGAAGUUGCUGCUCAAGUUUUGCGAUGGUACAACUGUUGAAUUUGAUGCUGUUAUCGGUUGCGAUGGUAUCAAAUCUCGAGUCCGGGAAAUCCUCUUAGGAGAAGGAAACCCAGCUUCAUAUCCUCACUACAGCCAUAAGGUCGCAUUCCGUGCUCUGAUUCCCAUGGACAAAGCCGAAGCUGCCUUGGGAUCAUACAAAGCUCGCAACCAGCAUAUGCAUAUGGGCCCUGGAGCUCAUGUUCUGCAUUUCGCCGUGGCCAGCCAGACCUUGAUGAAUUUUGUUGCCUUUGCACCGGAUCCGAAUGAAUGGCUCAGUGAUAAGAUCAUGACGGCUCCGGCCACCAAGGAAGAAGUCGUCAAGAUCUUCUCCGAUUGGGGACCAACUGUUCGUGCCAUUGUGAACUUACUGCCUGAAGAGUUCGACAAGUGGGCCAUCUUUGACACGUAUGACUACCCAGCUCCAACAUACACCAAGGGGCGUGUCUGUCUUGCUGGUGAUGCUGCCCAUGCCUCAUCACCCCAUCACGGAGCAGGUGCAGGUAUUGGAGUUGAGGAUGCUCUGGCAAUGGCUCAAGUGCUCGAAAUGGCGGCAGAAACGUUGCAGUCUACAGACAUGAGCAAGGCACAGGUUUUGCGAUCUGCGUUUGAAACUUAUGAUGCAGUCCGACGCGAACGCUCGCAGUGGCUGGUCCACAGCAGUCGGAAUAUCUGCGAUGUGUAUGAGUGGAAUAAUCCCAAGACUGGUAGUAAUCCGGAAAAAUGUUUGGAGGAGAUUAAAUGGCGAUCGCAUAAGAUUUGGUAUUUUAACAUUGAGGGGAUGUUGCUCGAGACGAGGAAGGAGUUUGACAGCCGAAUAGCCGCAUAG